CAUGUACAUGUACAGCUCAGUAAGAUUGAAGACUAUCAACUUAGCAAGAUAAGAGUUUAAAGCACUGCCAAGUGGGGCAUCUUCUCUCUCUCUCUCACCCUCUCUUGUUCUUCUGCUUCUCCUGCUUAUAUCCUUUAAGUUUUGGAGUUCUGCACUUCGAUCUGCACCCAAGAAAGAAUCUGGUCAUGAGCUGCUGCAAGCUACUGCAAUUGAACUCAAUUUCCAGUUUGAUGUGAGUAUUCCUCUUCUGACCAAACACGGAUUCAUAGGCGAAAGCUGAAUUAUUUGGAGAUCAAAGAUCGGUACGACGAUUUUGUUCAGGAUAAUUGGAAGGGAGCAAUAUGAUUCAGAUCAUCAUAAUCGAUCAGAAUUAAUUACAAUGAUGACAAAUCCAAGGGGAAAGGGUUUUCAAGCAAAGCAAGAGGGCCAAAACAACAACAACAAUGAUGGGAAUAUUAUGACUAGUUAUAACAAGGCAGCUUCAUCUAGUACUACUACUUCAAGGCAAUGGUCUGGAUUUCGAAAUCCAAGGAUUGUUCGUGUCUCGCGAACCUUUGGCGGAAAAGACAGGCACAGCAAGGUCUCAACUGUGAGGGGAUUGAGAGACAGAAGAAUUAGGCUUUCAGUGCCAACAGCAAUUCAGUUAUAUGACCUUCAAGACAGGCUUGGUCUUAGCCAACCUAGCAAGGUAAUAGAUUGGUUGCUUGAAGUUACUGAAGAUGAUAUUGAUAAGCUCCCACCACUCCAACUACUUCCUCAUCAUGGUUUGCUCAAUACUACUAGUUCUGCUCAUCAUCAAUUUCAUCAUCAUCAACAGCAAAUUCUCAAUCCUCUUAAUGUUCCUUUCUUUGAUGUGAAUCAAAGGCUUACUGAGCAAGUAGUACUUGAUGAGAGUAAAGGCAAGUCAAUCAAAGCAAAUGAUCAUCAACGAGAUCAUGAUGAUGAAGCCUUGGCUCAGAAGUUAUUUCCUAUAGGCAAUAUGCCUUCUUCCAUACCUGGAUUGCUGAACAAUGCCAUGGCAUACAACAACUACUUUCACCAUCACAGUUCAGAGCCUUCGAGUUUGUCUCUUUCUCAGUUUGGUAGCAGUCAUGGAUUUCCACUAAUGCCUCAAAUGGAUCAUAUGAUGAGUAGUAACAAUGGCUUAUCAUUUUCAACUACUUCAAUGCCAAUGGCAUCUGGGUCUCAAUUGUUCUUCUGUCCAUCAACAGCUACGCCGGUACCUUCACUUUUUGGUCCUUAUGCGCCCUACAUUACCACUACUACCCCAGUAGUAGAGAAUAGUAGUACCAGUAAUGAUCGUCAGCCAGAACUUAGACGAACCAAUAACCACAUGAUCCAAUUGUUGAGCUCAUCAAGUACUACUAGUACUACUCUACAGAAUUUUGAACCUAAUAAUGCUCUCAUGCCUUCUCUUCAAUAUUCUAUUGGCUCAUCUUUGAGAUCCUUUCCAACAUUGGUUAAUCCGAAGCUCCAUUCACAAAACAAUGAUGGAUCAUCAAGCCAACCAGACAAGGACCGUACUGGUUCCUAAAGCUAGUUAGCUAUUAGCAGCUCCUCAAUGCAUGCAUGUAAGUUCCUAUAUAUAGUACUUAAUAAUGUCCAAUUAUUAUGUUAUAUAGUGAAUCACUUUGUAACUAUAUGAGAAUGUACUUUAUAUACAUAUACCUGAUUGCGAUCGAUAUGAAGUGCUUCAUUAAAAUUUUACCACUUAUACCAAGGC